AUGGACGAUCGGACGCCCACCGGAGGCAAGACGAAGCUGUCGCCCGAGACGUCGCGCCGAAGCAGCACCUAUGGCACAGGCAGCGACACGCCUACGCAGAGCGCGUCAGGCACGGAUUCGGCGCGCAGACGCCCGCAAGCUGCCAUGCAGCCCUCUGGCUAUGGCUCCAUCACGUCUGCAAUCGAGCGCCGCCAGCAGAACGCGACGACAUCCGAAGGCUCGACCAAACCCAAGAAGCCGCCCAUGAGCCGUCGCGCGACAUCGUCCAAGUGGCCACAGAAGGGCCAGGAGUUCAGUGUCGACGACGCCGAAGAAGAAGUGGAGCUGGACCAGGCCCAGCAGGACCAGCAGAAGAAACAACGACAGACGCCGCUACGUCGCAAGCCAUCGACUGUCCGGCGCCGCACCGCCGCACCACCACCCAACCUAGCCACCAUCGACUCGACCGAAGACGAUGAAGCCGGGCAGGAGACUGCUGCUGCGCCACCGGCCGCUGAUGCCGACGCCACACCCUCGUCCAGUGAGGAGACGGUACAAGCUGAAGACGACGAAGACGAAAGCGGAGGCGGCGAUGAAGAAGAAGACGACUUGAGCGACGCAGAGAGCUUUACCCUCCGCGAUCGCCAGGACGCUAUCAACGUCACGCAUCCCUUCGGUAUCAGGAUCUGGAAGCCCGCCCUCUAUAAAAAGGGCCGUUCGGUGCAGCGGAACGCUGAAGCAGACAUUCAUUCAUCGCCAGGUCUCUACGUCAGUAGAUGGCUACUGCUCUUCAACAUUGCCUGGACCCUCAUCUUUGGUUGGUGGUUGGCUGUCGUCGCCAUGGCCGGUGGUUUGCUAUGCGCCCUGCUAGGCUUUCAUGAGAGCUGCAAGGAAUACUCUCGCCUGCUUUUCCACCUUGCCGGCUAUCUAUUCUAUCCUUUCGGCAAGUACGUCAAGCUCAUGCAGGAUGAGGCUUACAUAGAAGAGGACGAAGGGGAGGGUCGUAGCAUUAGCGAGUACGAGCAGUGGCAGAGCGGUGAUAUCGAAGAGGGGCGCCUUUUCUUUGGUCCAACAACCGGUACGAGCUCUCUAAUCGGCCGGAGACGCAACAGCGUUGAUUCUGCCGGCGGAGAAACGACAAGCUUGCUUGGCAGAGAUGGACGAGCCAAUGUUCUUCAUACCGAUACUGCCAACACUAAAAGAAGGCUGUUUGGCCGUGGCAAGUGGAAUCUUGGUCGAGUUGUCUUCUUCCUAUUCUUCUACGGUUUCCUUACACCUUCGCUGUUCCUUGUCUCAGCCCUGUGUUGGUUCCUUGUUUUUACAAUACCUAUGGGCAAGACAACACUGCUGCUGUUCGAUCAUCUGCGGCGUCACCCUCUAGCUCUCUCGUUCCAUUCUGAUAACGGCAACGUGCGCCGUCCUGGAGAGUCGUCCUCGAUACUUCUCUGCACCUACCGCGCAGUUGGAAUCAAAUACUGGAAGUACACCAUUGAUGGAACCAACAUCUUCCUCAUCAAUCUCCUUGGCUUAGUGGCCUUUACCAUCUUCGACUACUUCGUCCUAGCCGAGGCCCUGGAGAUGAAGUUUUGGUUGACAGACCAGUUCCUGCUGUUCACCCUUGCCUUGUUGUCCAUCAUCCCGCUCGCAUACUUCAUUGGUCAAGCCGUAGCAUCCAUCUCAGCUCAAUCCUCCAUGGGUGUAGGCGCCACUAUCAAUGCUUUCUUUUCUACGGUAGUCGAAGUAUUCCUCUAUUGCGUGGCGCUUAAACAGGGCAAAGCCCAGCUUGUCGAGGGAAGUAUCAUUGGUAGCAUCUUUGCUGGUAUCCUGUUCCUGCCAGGCUUAUCCAUGUGCUUUGGUGCUUUGAAGCGUAAGACACAGAGGUUCAACGUCCGCUCUGCUGGUGUCACCUCGACUAUGCUCCUGUUCGCCGUCAUUGGCGCUUUUGGUCCAACACUGUUCUACCAGAUCUAUGGAAGCCAUGAGCUCAACUGUCACCAAUGUGUGCACUCUGGCCGACAUGUGCCCCUCGAACCAGACUGCCGUAGAUGCUAUUACUCACAGACACCUGCAUUGAACGAUCGCUUCUAUAAUGAAGCUGUCAAGCCUUACACUUGGUUUGCGGCUACUAUGCUCUUCUUCUCCUACAUCAUCGGUCUUCUAUUCACUCUUCGAACUCACGCUGCUACCAUCUGGACUGAACCAGAUGCCCAGGAGAAGAAGGUACUUGAAAUGAGCGCAAGUAGCCUUAGCCAAAGCGGUCAUAUGGAUUACCCUCACUCCUCGUUUGUCAGACAAGCGACUGGGCAGUCCGUCUCGCGUGCGCACAUUCGCGACAGCCAGUUGUACAAGCGUAUGGUCAGCCAGACUUUGCAGGAGGUUGGGCUUGGACCAGAACAAAACUCCUCGGACGACAGGCGGCCGGCCUCCAAAUCGGACAGCCACACCCCACAUAUGGUACCACCUAAAGACAGUGAUGCACAUUCACAUCACUCUUUCCACGUUGAGGGUCUUACAGAUGAUGCUGCUCAGUCACUUGCGCGACAGAUCACAGAAAUCGCGGCAACUACAACAGCUCUGGCAACGCGCGAUGUUACUAGGGCUCCACGCAAAGCUGCCCAACUUGCUCAUACAUCGACCAAAGCGCACGUUGAGCGCCCAGUUCAUACAAGAACAAACACGGAGGCUGCGCCCGAAGAGGUCGAUACAGCCACUGGACACGCUUCUGGAGGUCACGACGCACCGAAUUGGAGCCGUCAGAAAAGUGCAGCUAUUCUUCUAACGGCGACUCUAGCAUAUGCCAUCAUUGCUGAAAUACUCGUCAAUACCGUGGAUGGCGUGCUUGAGGGCUCAGAUAUCGACGAGAAGUUCUUGGGCAUCACGCUGUUCGCGCUGGUGCCUAACACAACAGAGUUUCUAAACGCCAUCUCUUUUGCCAUGAACGGCAACAUCGCCCUCUCGAUGGAGAUUGGCUCUGCAUACGCUUUGCAAGUUUGUCUCCUCCAGAUUCCGGCCCUCGUCUUUUACAGUGCCAUACACACGAGCUAUAUCCCCGCCCAAGACGCUGCGAGCCAGACGUUCACUCUCAUCUUCCCUCAGUGGGAUAUGAUAACUGUUAUACUCUGUGUGUUUCUCUUGUCGUACAUGUACGGUGAAGGCAAAAGCAACUACUUCAAAGGCUCUAUACUGAUCUUGUCGUAUCUUGUGGUCAUUGCUGGGUUCUAUCUGUCUGGCUUCAACGAUUUCCAGAAGAUGGGAGUUGAUCCAAUGGACACUUUAGCGUUGGGGGGCUUGGUCGAGCAGCAGGUGCAGUCCAUGACGUUCAGAACACCUUCAAGGGGUCGUAGUGGUGUUGCAUAUUAG